AUGAGGAACAUUGACUACAGCGUGGAUGAUGAGUUCCUGCUUGAGUACUUCCAACCCUUUGGAAGCGUCAUCAGAGCAAAGGUGAUAAUGGAAAAUGAAAGCUCAAGAGGCAGAGGAUUUGUAGAGUAUUCCACUCCAGAUGAAGCCAGAAAUGCGAUAGAAGUGCUGAACGGAAAGAUCCUGGGCGGGAGACCAUUGCAUAUGAUGCUGACCAAAACCAACGAGCAACACAAGGCUUCCUUUGCCUGGACUCAGAGGGUGCAACCAUAUCGAAUUCCUCAAUAUGAAAGCAAGCUUGGAAUUAAGAGCCUCUCCACCAAACAAGCCAGCAGUGGUCCUGGAAUGGACUAUGACGAUUAUCACAGUAGCAAAAGAAGCAGACGCUAUGAAGACGAUGAUGAACACCAGUCUGUUUACAUUAGUGUUCCAGUGUCCAGAGGUUGCAGAAAGAAGCGACGUCAACGCAGACACAUGUCACGACAUGACCAUAGAAGCCAUGAAAGACAUCAUCAUGAGUGCCAAGAGGAAGUGGAGCAGUAUGAUCGAUACAAUGAAGGACAUGAUUCAAAUGAACAGCUCUCAGACAUGAAUUCUAACAUGUCACCAGCUGCAGAGAGACUGCGUUGCAUCCUUGGGGAGAAAGAUGACACCACACCAACACUUUUCACAGAGAUGGACACACUGCACCAUGAAGGUGGAGAACUGGAGUGGAAGGAAUCAGCAAGGUGGGUGAAGUUUGAGGAGAAAGUGGAGGAAGGUGGAGAACGAUGGAGCAAGCCACAUGUUUCUACACUGUCACUGCACAGUCUAUUUGAGCUGCGUACAUGUUUACAGACUGGAAGCAUUCUGUUGGGCCUGGAGGGCUACUCUCUGCCUCAAAUAGUUGAUGAAAUAGUGGACAGGCAUGUACAGGAUGGCCUGAUAGACUCUGAGCUCAGAGAGAAGAUCAGCUUCAUCUUGCUGAGGAAGCAUCGACACCAGACUAAGAAGUCCAUCCAUCGCUCACUGGCUGACAUUGGAAAACCCAGUCCUUCAACUAAAGAGCGGAGUCCAAGUCAUAGCCAUAGCUUCAUGUAUAACUUGCAUCACUCCAGUGAGGACUUGCGAGGUCGCCAGAGUGGAAGUCUGGGAAAACUAUAUAAUGCUCAGAGUCAUAGUAUGAAUGACAUCUCAAUUACUCCAAGUUCUGACCAGCUCAAGAACAAGUUUAUGAAGAAAAUUCCUAGAGAUGCUGAGGCAUCCAAUGUGCUGAUUGGAGAGGUGGACUUCCUAGACAAGCCUUUCGUGGCCUUUGUCCGUCUUGCUCAAGCCACAAUGUUGGGUGGACUGACUGAAGUCCCUGUACCAACUAGGUUUCUCUUCAUUUUGCUUGGCCCUCAUAGCAAAGUGAAGUCCUACAAUGAAAUUGGCCGUGCCAUUGCCACCCUCAUGGUUGAUGAUCUCUUCAGCAGUGUGGCCUAUAAAGCCAGACACCGUGAAGACUUAAUUGCAGGACUGGAUGAGUUUUUGAAUGAGGUGACUGUUCUCCCACCAGGAGGGUGGGACCCAAAGAUUCGUAUUGAGCCACCGAAGAAAGUUCCUUCAGCAGAGAUGAGAAAGUCAGUGUUUUCAUUAAAUGAGCUGGGGCAAACAAAUGGAACUGCAGGAGGAGGAGGAACAGCUGAUGAUGAAGAGAUGCCAGCUGCUCAUGAGCUAGGAGAGGAACUGGCCUUCACUGGGAGAUUUUGUGGAGGCCUUUGGCUUGAUAUCAAACGGAAACUCCCAUGGUUGCUGAGUGAUUUCUAUGAGGGCUUUCACAUCCAGUCUAUCUCAGCUGUGCUCUUCAUAUACCUGGGAUGCAUCACUAAUGCCAUCACAUUUGGAGGACUCUUAGGAGAUGCCACCGACAACUACCAAGGUGUGAUGGAGAGCUUCCUUGGCACAGCUCUCGCAGGAACGGUCUUCUGCGUUUUUGGUGGCCAACCCCUCAUUAUCCUGAGUUCCACAGGACCUAUAUUGGUCUUUGAAAAACUGCUCUAUGAGUUUUGCAAGACUAAUGACAUUGACUACAUGGAGCUGCGCUUGUGGAUUGGACUGCACUCCUGCCUUCAGUGUCUCAUCCUGGUGGCCUCAGAUGCCAGCUACAUCAUUAAGUACAUGACACGUUUCACUGAGGAGGGCUUCUCCAGCCUCAUCUCCUUUAUCUUCAUCUCUGAUGCUAUAAAGAAGAUGGUGGGAGCAUUUCAGUACUACCCUAUUAACAUGAACUUCAAGCCUGACUACAUCACUACAUACAAGUGUGAAUGUCUGGCUCCAGACCAAGGAACUUCAGUGGUUUUCAAUUCAUCUACUCUAUUUGGUCCAGACAACUUUACUGAUUAUUCCUUGUACAACUUCACAGUCCUGGACUGGAGUCAGCUGAGUAAAAAUGAGUGUCUAAAGUAUGGUGGAUCUCUAGUGGGCAAAUCCUGCAAGUUUGUUCCUGACUUGGCUCUCAUGUCCUUCGUCCUGUUUUUCGGCACCUAUUCCAUGACCAUUUCACUCAAGAAGUUUAAGUCCAGCCGCUACUUCCCUACCAAGUGGCGUACAUUGAUUGCAGAUUUUGCCAUUAUUAUAUCCAUUAUGGUCUUCUGUGCCCUGGAUCACCUGAUGUCCCUGGAAACUCCCAAACUGCAUGUGCCCACUGAGAUCAAGCUUCGGAAACUCAUCAGUGAUUUUGCCAUCUUCACAUCAAUCAUGACUUUUGUUGGUCUUGAUAUUUUAAUGGGGCUUGAAACACCUAAACUUAUUGUGCCUACAGAGUUUAAGCCCACUCGGCCAGAUCGUGGUUGGGUUGUCAUGCCCAUUGGAAAGAACCCCUGGUGGAUGUAUUUGGCUAGUUUUGUGCCUGCUCUUCUUGUUACCAUCCUUAUUUUCAUGGAUCAGCAGAUCACUGCUGUUAUUGUCAACCGCAAGGAGAACAAACUCAAGAAAGGAUGUGGCUACCAUUUAGACAUGUUUUGGGUGGGAAUCCUCAUGGCUGUCUGCUCUUUCCUGUGCUUGCCAUGGUAUGUAGCAGCUACAGUCAUCUCCAUUGCUCACAUAGAGUCCCUUAAGAUGGAGAGUGAAUGUAGUGCUCCCGGGGAGCAGCCACAGUUCCUGGGAGUGCGAGAGCAGAGGCUGACGGGUAUCCUGGUUUUUGUACUCACUGGAGUUUCCAUUUUUCUUGCUCCCAUACUGCAGUAUAUUCCCAUGCCAGUACUUUAUGGUGUGUUCCUUUACAUGGGUGUAGCCUCUCUCAGUGGCAUUCAGUUUUGGGAGAGGAUCAAGCUUAUCCUGAUGCCUGCCAAGCACCAGCCGGACUUCGUUUUCCUUCGCCAUGUACCUCUGCGUCGGGUACAUCUUUUCACCUUAGUCCAGAUAACUUGUCUGGCUGUGCUCUGGAUCCUCAAGUCCACUGUGGCAGCUAUUAUUUUCCCUGUUAUGAUCCUCGGACUGAUGGUGGUGAGAAAGUUGCUCGACUUUGUCUUCUCCCAGCAUGACCUGGCCUGGUUGGAUGACAUCCUCCCUGAGAAAGACAAGAAGAAAAAGGAUGAUGAGAAAAAGAAGAAAGAAGAGAGAAAGAAAGCCAAAUGCAGAGAUCAUGACAGUGAUGAAGAGUUGAAAUGUCCCAGUGACAGCCUUUCCUCAGUGAAGAUACCAAAGGAACUGUCAGAAUGUCCAUCAUCCUCCCCUGACCCUCCUCACACACCCUUUUGA